GUCGCCAUUUUGUGUUAGAACAUUAAAAUAAAAAUGUCAUGCGUCACGCCAGAAUUCCCAAUCGCGUUUUUCUCUGUCGGACGCCUUCCCGGUUCCCGUCGCUGUGACACCUGGCACUGAAUCGCAGCGUUAAACCGUAAAAACACGAUCGUGUCUCGACCGGAACCAUGAGCCGAAGCUACAACGAUGAGCUGCAGUACCUGGAUAAACUCAACAGCAACUGCUGGAGGGUGAAGAAAGGCUUCGUGCCCAACAUGCAGGUGGAAGGGAUCUUCUACGUGAACGACUCCCUGGAGAAGUUGAUCUUUGAGGAGCUUCGUAACGCCUGUCGAGGAGGAGGUUUUGGCGGGUUCCUUCCGGCCAUGAAGCAGAUCGGGAACGUGGCGGCGCUGCCCGGGAUCGUACACAAAUCCAUCGGGCUCCCAGACGUCCACUCCGGAUACGGGUUUGCGAUCGGAAACAUGGCGGCCUUCGACAUGAGCAACCCGGACGCUGUCGUGUCUCCAGGCGGCGUCGGCUUCGACAUAAACUGCGGCGUUCGUCUGCUGCGGACGAACCUGGACGAGCGCGACGUGCAGCCGGUGAAGGAGCAGUUGGCUCAGUCUCUGUUCAACCACAUCCCGGUGGGAGUCGGGUCCAAGGGCGUCAUCCCCAUGAGCGCCAAGGACCUGGAGGAGGCUCUGGAGAUGGGGGUGGACUGGUCCCUGAGGGAGGGGUACGCCUGGGCCGAGGACAAGGAGCACUGCGAGGAGUACGGCAGGAUGCUGCAGGCCGACCCCAACAAGGUCUCCUCCAAGGCCAAGAAGAGAGGCCUGCCCCAGCUCGGGACUCUGGGAGCAGGAAACCACUACUGCGAGAUCCAGGUGGUGGACGAGAUCUACGACGACUACGCCGCCAAGAAGAUGGGCAUCGACCACAAAGGUCAGGUGUGCGUGAUGAUCCACAGCGGCAGCAGAGGCCUCGGACACCAGGUCGCCACAGAUGCUCUGGUUGCCAUGGAGAAGGCGAUGAAAAGGGACAAGAUCGUAGUGAACGACCGUCAGCUGGCCUGCGCUCGCAUCACCUCGCAGGAGGGCCAGGACUACCUCAAGGGCAUGGCCGCGGCGGGAAACUACGCCUGGGUCAACCGCUCGUCCAUGACCUUCCUCACCCGACAGGCCUUCUCCGAGGUCUUCAGCACAACGCCAGACGACCUGGACAUGCACGUCAUCUACGACGUCUCGCACAACAUCGCCAAGGUGGAGGAGCACAUGGUGGACGGGAGGCAGAAGACGCUGCUGGUUCACCGCAAAGGAUCCACCCGGGCAUUUCCCCCACACCACCCGCUCAUCCCCGUGGACUACCAGCUCACAGGUCAGCCGGUGCUGAUCGGAGGGACGAUGGGAACCUGCAGCUACGUCCUGACGGGGACGGAACAGGGCAUGACGGAGACGUUCGGCACCACCUGUCACGGAGCGGGUCGCGCUCUCUCCCGGGCAAAGUCCCGCAGGAAUCUGGACUUCCAGGACGUCCUGGACAAACUGGCCGACAAGGGCAUCGCCAUCCGGGUGGCUUCACCCAAACUGGUGAUGGAGGAGGCUCCAGAGUCGUACAAGAACGUGACGGACGUGGUGAACACGUGUCACGACGCCGGCAUCAGUAAGAAGGCGAUUAAACUUCGACCGAUCGCUGUGAUCAAAGGUUGAAGCUGCUCAGAGACAAUUUACUGAAACAAACAUGAGAAACUAAAAGUUCUGGAUCUGGAAAAGAAGGAAAUAUUCACUCAACAUCGCACUUUUAUUUUUUUGUGAAUGAAUUUAAUUUGAAGAGUGAACUGAAGCAAAUGAAAUGAUAUUUUUCUGCUCAAGUCUUUGGUUUGAAUAAAGAUGAUCAAUGAAAACUAAA